AUGUGCACCGGGAGUUGCGCCAAAUGCCUGGGGAUCACCCUCAUUCCCCUGGCAGUGCUGGGCUUCCUGGCUAACGUCCUGUUAUUUUUCCCCGGAGGGAAAGUGAUUGACAACAAUGACAACCUUUCCGAGGAGGUGUGGUAUUUUGGAGGAAUAUUAGGAAGCGGGAUCUUGAUGAUCUUUCCUGCCCUGGUGUUCUUGGGCCUCAAGACCAAUGACUGCGGUGGUUGCUGUGGCAACGAAGGCUGUGGGAAACGAUUUGCGAUGUUCACCUCUACUAUCUUUGCUGUGAUUGGAUUCUUGGGUGCUGCAUACUCAUUUAGCGUAUCAGCCAUCUCCAUCAACAAAGGUCCUAAAUGUCUCACGAGCAAUAGUACAUGGGGCUACCCCUUCGACAAUGGGGAUUACCUCAUUGAUACAAGCUUGUGGAAUAAAUGCCAGAAGCCUGAAGACAUCGUUCCCUGGAACCUGACCCUCUUCUCCAUCCUGCUGAUCAUCGGAGGCCUGCAAAUGUUUCUCUGUGCCAUCCAGGUGGUCAAUGGUCUUCUGGGGACUUUGUGCGGAGACUGCCAGUGUUGUGGCUGCUGCGGGGGAGAUGGACCAGUUUAA